GAAUGUGUGCUUGCUUGUAUUUUUCCAAUUUCAGAUCUUCAGGAUUCUUUUUUCUUUUUUUUGCUGAAAUAUUGUUCGUUUGUUUUCUUUUAUAUUUCCUCUUUCCUGCUUCUCUGUUUGGCUAGUGAGAAACUGGUGGGAAUUGGGUAGUAUAAAUUUGGAAUCUUUACCUAUUUAGUUGAUUAGGUUGCCUUAGUUCAAUAGGUCUGAAAUGGGAAUAUAAGAUGUUCUCUUCACAUUGUAUUAGAUCUGGAAUUAAGGGGGAAUUUCUCUAGGAUUUCUUAAACCUAUAAUUUGUGUUAUGUAAAAGGUAUCUUCUAUGAUUUAUUUUCUAUACCUUUUCUCUUUUCCUCACUCUAUUUAUCCUGAAAGAAAACGUUGAAUCAAUUGCCUGACUUUUGUGGGCGGAGCCACCUUUCUUGGCUGACACACUGCUAGGCUGGUUUUCCUAUUGAAGCUCUUGCUAUAAUUUUCUUUUUCUCUCAGCUUUUGGUCACCUCUUCCUUUGACAGCAGCUUGCUUUUGCUGCUUACCUAUUAGUGUUGCCUGCUUUACUGUAUAGCAAGGAGAACUAUUAUAUAUUUGAUGGUAAAUAUUAUGUGAUGUCAAAAAUCUUUAUGAUUUAAUCCCUUACUUGCCAAAUCGAUUGUGAUUUCUCACUUCAAUUUUUGUUUUAGUUUGGACCUUCUUGCAUUAAUAGGAAGCAAUUUGAUGGUCAAUAUCUAGUUCAUAGAGUUGAAGUGAUGGGAUCUUGUUGCUGGAUUCCCAAUCUCUGCUUCUCUGAAAGCUCCUUCUUUUAUUUAUUUAUUUUUUUUAAUCUUUCUGUGUUUCUUAAAAAAGAUAGAUAUAUAUAUACACACACACAUAUUUAUUUUAUCCUUAAAGCUUAAUGCUACUUUUUAUUAUCUUCUUUUGGUUCUCUCUUAUUUUCCAAUCAAUACAUGUAUAGUGAGCAUCUGUGAGGGUAAGCCAUGCUUUAGUGUCUAAGAUUCCUGGAAACUAAGGAGUUACUUGUCCAUGAAAUUUAUGAGUUUAGUCGAACUGCGUUACGAACUUCCAUAGAUAAUUUUUUGGUAUUUUGUAGCCUCUAUUAAUGCUACCUUUUGUCCUUGGCUUAAAUGUCUCUGUGUGGUAGUUGUUUUCAUGAAAAAAGAUUUAUGGCAAACAGUAAAGCAAAGAUUAUUUAAUCGUUUAUUCCACAUUUUCCCUAUUAAUUUUGGUUUCCAUCACAGUAAAGCACACAGUGAGAGAAUAUGUUUGAUGUGAGUAAGAAAAGAAAGUUACAGGCGGAGCAAUUUGGCUUGCCAUUUCCAAAACAUAAGUGUUGGGAUAAUCAUUCAUCACCCAAAACUCUUUCAAUAUUGGAAGAAAACCAAGAAGCAGAAGACCUAAUUACAGAAGUAGUUAAGGAAAGUGCUGGGAGACAAGCUAUAGAAGAUGGAUCAGAUCUUGAAUCAGCAAAAGAUAGCAACAGUUUUGUUGGAGAUUCUGACCAUGUCAUGUCUGUAUAUGGGGAAGCUAAAUUUGAAACAGAAGUUUCAAAACCAGGGCUUUCUAAUGAGCCUUCUUCUUCAUUGUUGGAUUUCUGCCAAAGCAAUUCCAAGGAUAUUCAAUGUUCCUUGCACAGCACUACGGCAACAUCAACAGUUGGUGCUGGCAAAGAUGAGUCUGCUUUUGAAGCAGGGGAGCAUGGUCUUGACCAUCAUGAAUUACAUCAGAAUCUUGAUGAGCCCAUUGUAGAAUUUGGAAGCCAUUUUGAUUACACUUGCACUCAAGAUGGAAUUGACAGCAUUGAACCAUAUGUGGAUAAGGAGCUUGAGGAUAUUUUAUAUUCUAAUGGAGUUAAUCCAAAUAGGUAUGUCCUAUCUUCUGGAAGAUGGAGCGUUAACCAAGAUGCUCAGCCCGGCACCAGAAAACCAACCAUUGAUCAAGAAUUUGAGCAGUACUUUUCCAUGCUUAUGCUGUAGCAAGAACACUUGUUCAUAAACCAUGAAGUGUGCAACUUGUAUAGGUAUAUGUUUACUGUGUUCUGACAAAUAAGACAGACUGAAAACUGCAGAAGCAGCUUCUUCCUAAACCUUGAAUGUAAUGUGUGUUGUAUUGUGAAUUUAUGAUAAAUAAGAUUAAAGUUGAAUUGUAAGAUUA